AUGCAAGCUGAGGCUGGGAGCAAGAAGACAGGACUCUCAGAUGAAAAUCCCAAUCCAUGGAUAGAACGUUACUUCAACCACAGAUGCUACAUCACCUUUCUGACUGGCUGCUACAGUUGCCACUGGCAAUACAGAGCGUGGGAAAAGACUGAACUUGGAUCCUGUUGCUGCCCCAGGAAAGAGCAAUUUUUUUUUAUAUGCCUGGUGAUUUCAUUUGUCCUGUCUGUGAUUUUUCUGUUCGUGUGGGCAGAAACCUCCAAUGAGUACAACGGCUUUGACUGGGUUGUUUAUCUGGGGACAGGACGCUGGUUCUUCUGGUCCAUUGUUGUACUGAGUGCAGCGGGGAUCAUGGCUGUCUAUACUUUCUUGCUUUUGUUAUUUGGGGUUUUGUUGCUCUGGGAAAGGAUUGAACUAAAGCUACAUACAGCUCAUAAGGUCUUCAUUUUGCUAACAGUUCUGCUGUGUUCCUUCUUAUUGAGUAUUUUAAACCGAUACUGGAAGGACAAGUGGCUGAUAGCUGGGCUGUCCUUGCAGAUCUUUGCUCCCUUCGUGCACCUGAGCCUCUUAACUGUGAUGAUUAUCAUUUCCUGGCCUUUAGCCAUCUGUGUGGCCCACUUGGAGUCAGAAGUUAGAAUAAGAAAAUACAGGAUGGCAGAUUACGAGCAAGAAUUCCUGAAGAGAUGUAAUAUAUUCACAAGGUUAAGAGCUCUACAAAUAGUUGCUGGAUUGCCCUUCUUUAUUAUUCUCUUAUGUCUUUAUUUGAUGCCACUGGGAAUUUAUUCUCCCUGCAUUUUGAAGAAGGAGAAUUUAGGGCCUAAGCCUGUCUUCUUUGGACAUAGAGGCGCACCCAUGAUGGCGCCAGAGAAUACCAUGAUGUCCUUUGAGAAGGCUGUUGAACUUGAUGUCUUUGGCCUGGAGACAGAUGUAUAUCUAAGUUUUGAUCAUGUGCCUUUCCUCAUGCAUGACUAUGACUUGACUAGAACAACCAAUAUCAAAGAGGUCCUUCCAUCAGCUGCUUAUAACCACACUGCCAACUUCAACUGGACUUUCCUGUCAACUCUGAACGCCGGCAAAUGGUUCAUAAAGCAUAAGCCAUUUUUUGGCAUGAAAUCUCUAUCAGAGGCUGAUAAAAGAAGAGCAAGUAACCAGUCAAUUGCACGGCUGAUUGACUUAUUGGAGCUUGCCAAAAAGGAACAGAAGGUUGUGAUAUUUGAUCUUUUUGGCCCUCCACCAGGGCAUCCCCUCAGAGGCACAUUCGUGCGAAAAGUAGUACGGGUCAUCCUUGACUCCAAAAUUGAGCAACGUUUGAUAUUUUGGUUGCCGGGUCAUGAUAGGGGCUACGUCAGGAGCAUGGCUCCUGGUUUUCAGCACGUGGGCCGUUUAUGGUCCAAUGAUCGUCUUAUGAAAGAGAAUAUAACUAUAAUAAAUGUUGACUAUAAAAGGUUGUUCUAUGGUGGGCUGAGAGAGUAUAAGGCAGCUAAAAUCCACAUCAAUGUGUACAUUGUCAAUGAGCCUUGGCUCUUCUCACUGGCCUGGUGUUUGAGGAUCAACUCUGUGACCACAGACAACAUUGAGGUCCUGCAGCAGCUUCGUCACCCUCUCUUCUUCAUGACACCAGGAUACUAUGCGUUCAUGUGGCUUUUCAUGGACAUUGCUUCUGCGAUUAUCAUUUCCUGUGUAUUUUAUUAUCACUGGAUGGAAGAGCUUAAAAAAAAAAGGUGGCUGGAAGCCUCUGCUACUGCGUCUACAGAUACUGAAAGCAUAAACCUCCCAAAAGAAUACUCUAAGACUCAAGAAGCUUCACACUUACUUGGAAAGCCUCCUGCCCAAAUACUGCGUAGUCCGUGGACUCCAGCACUUUACUAUGAAAGCUUAAAAUUCCCCGAGAAGAAAGCAGUGCCAUUCAAGAACAUAGUUAUACCAGUACCUCAGAGUUUUCAGCACAUUGAGAUGCCCAGCAGGCAGGCUUCCUCACCAAUUGAGCUGCCCAUCUUGAAGGAGGCCGAGACAACAGGAUCCAUCACAGACGAAUCCUAUGCCCAGUCCUACCAAAAGACUUCCAUGUUGGAAUCUUCUGAGAAAAAUUAUGAAACGCUAUAUUCCACUGACUCCUAG